AUGGUGCCAUCCACGCCUGCUACCAACAUCGAGUGAGAAGCACAGCGUUAGCAACAGCAACCUUAAAACGUGAAGCCUGAAGCAUUGGGAGCAAUUCCAUUCCUCUCGGCAAUGGCGAGCGAGGCUAAUGACAGCACAGAAGACGGUGUCAAGAUGCCCGAGAUCAAGUUCACCAAGCUCUUCAUCAAUGGCUGCUUCGUCGACGCCGUCUCGGGAAAAACUUUUGAGACACGAGACCCACGUACCGGAGGAGUGAUUGCCGACAUAGCUGCCGGUGACAAGGAGGAUGUUGACUUGGCAGUGAACGCAGCCAGAGAAGCUUUUGACCAUGGCAAAUGGCCUCGCAUGUCUGGCUUUGAAAGGGGGAGGAUUAUGAUGAAAUAUGCAGACCUGAUUGAUCAGCAUGCUGAAGAACUGGCUGCACUGGAGUGCUUAGAUGCAGGAAAACUAUUCUUACUUAAUAAGAUUCUUGAUGUGCCGGGAGCUUCGAACAUGGUCCGAUACUAUGCAGGGGCAGCUGACAAGAUCCAUGGUGAGACAUUGAAGAUGUCAGGAGAGUUUCAGGGGUAUACACUGCGGGAGCCCAUCGGAGUAGUCGGUCACAUAAUCCCAUGGAACUUUCCGACGAUCAUGUUCUUCUUCAAGGUCGCCCCAGCCUUGGCAGCUGGCUGCACAAUGAUCGUCAAGCCAGCUGAACAGACCCCACUCACAGCUCUCUACUAUGCCCACUUGGCUAAACAGGCAGGUAUUCCUGAUGGAGUUCUUAACGUUGUCACUGGUUUUGGUCACACAGCUGGAGCUGCCAUUACUGCUCAUAUGGAUGUGGACAAGGUUAGUUUCACAGGAUCGACAGAAGUAGGACGACUUGUGAUGGAGGCAGCAGCAAGAAGCAAUUUGAAGUCUGUCUCUCUUGAAUUAGGUGGGAAGUCACCAGUUAUUAUCUUCGAUGACGCAGAUGUGGAUAUGGCUGUUGAUCUUGCUCGUAAAGCCAUAUUUUUUAACAAGGGAGAAAUUUGUGUGGCAGGAUCGCGUGUCUAUGUGCAAGAAGGAAUCUACGAUGAAUUUGUAAGAAAAAUAGCAGAAAGUUCAAAAAACUGGAUAGUAGGAGACCCAUUUGAUGCCCAUGUUCAUCAAGGACCCCAGGUUGAUAAGAAGCAAUUUGAGAAAGUUCUCAAAUACAUUGAUCACGGAAAGAGAGAAGGAGCUACCGUGCUAACAGGAGGAAAGCCUUGUGGUGAGAAAGGGUUCUACAUUGAACCCACAAUCUUCACAGAUGUCAAGGAUGAUAUGCUGAUAGCUAAAGAUGAAAUCUUUGGACCUGUUAUGUCCCUUAUGAAGUUCAAGACAAUCGAGGAGGCAAUUGAGAGAGCCAACAAUACAAGAUAUGGACUGGCAGCUGGGAUUGUGACGAAAGACCUCAAUAUAGCCAACCGGGUCUCAAGAUCGAUUCGUGCAGGCAUCAUCUGGAUUAACUGCUACUUUGCAUUUGAUGAUGAUUGCCCUUUUGGUGGAUAUAAGAUGAGUGGAUUCGGGAGGGACAGUGGAAUGCAUGCUUUGGAGAAGUAUCUCCAUGUCAAGUCUGUAGUUACUCCAAUUUACGGUUCUCCUUGGCGGUAGAGAAAGUACUGAAGCACCCAAAAACAGUUGAAGGCAAAAUAUUUCAUCCUUGUCUUUCAAAUAUGAACUGAGAAGAAAUAAAUGGAUAUGGAUUUUGAGGCUGUAA